AUGCCAUCUGGAACUAAAAGUAUUCUUCUGAUAGCUGUAGUAGGAGAAUUAAUAACUGGAAUGUUGGGGAAUGGGUUCAUUGUACUAGUUAACUGCAUCGACUGGGUGAAGGGUCAAAAACUUUCAUCGGUUGACUGCAUCCUCGCCAGCCUGGCUCUCUCCAGAAUCACUGCUCUUUGGAUAACAGUAUUUGAUUCAUUUAUAAUGGCGUUGUGGCCACAUCUAUACACCAUUGAAAAACUAGCAAACUGUAUUGUCAUUUUUUGGACACUAUCCAAUAACCUGGCUGCCUGGUUUGCCACCUCUCUAAGCAUUUUCUACUUCUUUAGAGUAGCCAAUUUCUCCCACCCCUGCUUUGCCUGGCUGAGGUGGAGAAUUAGCAAAGUGCUGCUUGUGCUUCCACUGGCGUCUUUGUUUUCUCUGAUUUUUAAUCAUGAAUCAACAGAUUUACUCCAUCGUUUCUGGAUUAAUAUCUCUACAAGAUAUGAAAAAAACUCAACAUGGUCUUCAGAUGUAAUUAAAACUCUGUAUGUUAAGAACAUGAUUGUUUCUCAUUUUAUCUACUUAAUUCCCUUUCUUCUGUCGAUGACCUCUCUGCUCCUUUUGUUUUUCUCCUUGAGGAGACAUACCAGGAAUGUGCAGAUGAGCUCCAGGGACUUCAGCACAGAAGCCCAUAAAAAGGCCAUGACAAUGGUGAUAUCUUUUCUCCUCCUCUUCAUACUUAAUUUUUUGUCCUUCGUAUUGACAGGCUGGUGUUUCCUUACAGUGAAGAACCUGGAGGCCAACCUGGUUAACACAUUAACAUUCAUCACGUUUCCUUCGGGCCACUCCUUUAUCCUAAUUUUGGGAAACAGCAAGCUGAGACAAGCUGCCCUGGGACUACUGCAGCAUCUUAACUGCCACUUGAAAAGGGUGAAACCUUUAGCUUUGUAG